AAUAUCAACUUAUCAAGGCCGUGCUAUCUCGUACCUGGCACAUACAUUAUACCCGCUACGUAAAGCGCAAUGCACAUGUAUCCCCAGUGGGUGGAUCUGUUUUAUCAAUUGUUUAUCAGGUUGAACAUCCGCUAAAUACCGCGCUGGCGUUCCUAUCAGCUGUGAUCAUUGUCCACUGAGUAUUGACUAUUGAGUAACCAACAGUUACAGUUUAGUGUCGAAGCGACGUUCGUCGAUAAAGCUCCUAAUUAGUUUUAUAGUGCGAAAUUACGCAUAGUUGUGUCCAUAAUAUUGUGUUUAGUAUAUUUAUUAGAAGUCACCAAGUGGAUUUUCAGGUAUGAAGGGUCCAACGAGGGCAGCCCCUGGUGUACCAGGGGUGGCAGUGAAUAGAUAUUCGCCUGUCACUAAUUGGAAUGAUGAUCCCUUUGGAGCUGAUGUUUUCGAGCCAACACCACAGUUUGGGCAGAAAAAGAAGCCUCCACCCAGACCACCACCACCAAAAGUGUCCAAACAGCCUGAUGUGCCUGCAAAACCUUCACACUUUAUACGUAAACCUACAGUGCUAACAUCUCUACUAUCAAGGAAGAGUAAAACUGCAGUUAAUCAAUCCAGUGCAACCAAUCAAACAUUUACAGACCUAGGUAGUGAAGUGGACCCUAACAAAAUGUUUCCUAGAUGUGAGCGUGUUAAUAUACAAACAGGGACUUUGAUAGACUUUUCAUCACCACCCAGUUCCCCCACGUUCACAACUAGGUCUAGUAGUGACGGUGUCAGUGUUGAUAGUUUUGGGUCAGAUGCUACAACUUCAACAAAUCACCAUAAUGCAUUCAGUGGGGGUAGUGCCUCCCAAGCUGAGAGUGGAUUCGAAGAUGACUUUGAUCUCUUCCUGCAUUCAAGGAAACCUAUAAGUAAGGAGGAUACGUUUGAUGAUUUUUCAACCAUUGAUCCGUUCUCACCUCCCGUUACAAAGCCUUCGCUACCCAAGAAACCAAUGUUUAACACAGAUGCAUUUGAGACAUUGAGCAAUGGAAGUAGCCAUUAUUCAGUUGCGCCUUCGAAAGGGCCGACUAUUAUUCGUGUGAAACCAGCAAGGCCUAAACCACCAGAUAACUCUGCCUUACUAAAGAGUACAUUUGGAAGCAACUUCCAGAUAACAUCUAUGAGUAUUAAUACCACAACACCAAUACAAAAAAUUAGCAAUGGCUUCGGAGACAGUGUGGACUCGAAGCCUUUCAGUUGGGAUCACGAAGAGUCGCCCGAGAGGGAGUCCACCCCACCGAUGCCUACCAUCCCGCCCCCGCCACCGCCAGAAAUCGUAGACGAUGAUUUACCAGUAGUCUGGCCGGAAGAUCAAGAGUUCGAUUUGCCAGACACAUCAGAUGACGAUGAAGAACCCUACGCGAUAGCGCUGUUCGAUUAUUUCACAAAUCAUCCUGGCGAUUUAUGUUUUAACGCAAAUUCCAAGAUUUAUCUGUUGAGGCGAGAAAACGACGAAUGGAUGUACGGGAGAUUGCGUAGAGGUCUCCAAGAGGAGGAAGGUCUUUUCCCGUCCAACUUCGUCGAGGUCAAGGUACCGCUUCCCAACGAAGGACCCGCGCACAUUGGCCACGCGGUUGCUUUGUACGACUUCGAGCCGGUCCAACCAGGCGAUCUACGAUUUAGUUUAGGCGACAAGAUCACUGUGCUGUCGAAAAUCAAUCAGGAAUGGUACUUCGGUGAAUGUAACGGCUUGAAAGGGCAGUUUCCAGUCAAUUAUGUCCAGAUGAGUUAGUCUUUAGGAUUCAAAUAGCAUAAUUAGCAGAAAUUUGCUGUUGAACGGUACCCUGAUGUGGUACCUACCCGUUGGUACAGUAGGUACGCGCCAAGAAAAGAGCGCCAAUUUUCUGCAGAUGGUAUCAUAGACAUUGUAGUAAAUACCAACUUUCGUAGAAUAUAAUAUCCUGCUUCCUGAGAAGUGAAGUGAGAAAGAUGGCGGGAAACGCAGAUGAAGAAGGUGGAGAAGGGCGGAGCUCUUAAGAAAGCGCGACAUCAAACACUUCUCAUAUUGAAACGUUGAUAGAUUAAAAGUGUAUAACUGCAGGUAUUAAGCAGUAUAAUACAUUCUACGAAAGCAGGUGAUAAGUAAACGCGUUUUUAAAUGGAGGGAAUCUCUUAUUCACUCGCGUAUUAAGUCAGUAAACCGUGCUUGGGUAUCAAAGCUGUUCUUUCGGCCUUGCCUUUUGUUAAUGUGAGAAAAAAUUAUCUGCUGGCAGCUCACAAAUCGAAGGGUCCUAUUACACUAUCAAUCUUAUCACGCGAGAAUCGAUAUGCGAUCCUUUACCGAGAAAAUAUCGCGAAACGGUAAUGAUAGUCCGGAGGGGACUAUCAAGGGCCAUAUAAAGCUUUGACAAACUGUCUAGAUUGGCCGUAUUUGAUCGGCAAAUGUUUGGUCAAAUCCAGUUUGUCUGCUCUAACUGCCCCUGAUUCAUACAUAACUAACUGUGCAACCGAAAUUAGUGCCGGCCACAACAUGCGAAAUAUAAAGCCGGGUCUCCUAUGCGUGUUUUUCUCGAAAUGCCACACAAAAAAUAUAUCUACACAAAAUAUUUCUUGUGGUGUUUCAGGAAAAACACAAAUAGGUUUCGCUAAAGUUUAUAAUAUUAUGAAGUAGUUAGGUAAAUGCUAUCAAAUAUUUAAUGUAAUGGGUUAGUUUAAUUCAAUUACUAUGACAUGUGUCGAUUUACAAAAUUCACUAAGUCAUUUCAGAUUAUUAUUAUCGAGUAGUUUAGUAACAAAAUAUCUAUAAAAAUCGUCCAUUGAAUAACCAAUUGUAACUGUAACAUGUGAUAUGUUGUGGGAAUUGCACGAAGACUGAUGCUUUUCUUAUUUUGUACUUUCCUAACAUCAACAUUUAUAGGUGUUGUCAUAUUUAAUGUAAGCUUCCUCUGUCGUUCCAAUAUGAAUUUUUUGUGAUUGCAACAAAGUUCUUUUAAAAUUCAAGCUGAAAUACUUUUGUGCAAUACUGAAUAUCUUUAUAAGAAUUAAGGUAUAUGAUAAGUUUUGUAUAAAAAUCUAUUAACUACACAAUUUUUCGUCAUUGAUAAUUGUGAACAAUGAAGGUACUCCGCAAACUUGCCCGGAUUUUUUAAUGGUCAAAAAAGGUUACAAAAGCUUAAUUGGGCAACCUAAGGUCCAGCGAGCAGUCGGGAUGGUUAGUUAUUAUAUUAAUAUUAUAACUAGGUACCAAAACAAUUUAUUACGUUACAUAAAAAGUUAACGUUAAUUAUUAUAGUAGUAGUAGAAAUUCAACAUUUUGCGAAUCCAACAUUUUGCGAAGCCAACAUUUUGGGAAUUCCAAAAUUCAACAUUUUGCAAAUUCAACAUUUUAGGACUCAACAUUUUGCAAAUUCAACAAUAUGAGAAUUCAACGUUUUAGGAAUUCAACAUUUUGAACCUGAAGGGUUUAUACAGAGAUGGGUGUAUAAUUUAAUAACUAUUAUUAUUAUCUGUUGUCUAUUUUGAAAUGACGCACCCCACUACCGUAAUUUUUACACAUCUACAUCAAAAAAAUUAUGUAGUGGGGCGCGUCAUUUCAGCUUAGACAAGCUAAAUCCAUAUUAAAAGUAGUGUUACUUUUACCGGUGUAUAGAUAACGUUAAUGGAUGUUUGGGUACUUUUUAUCGGUAAAAUAACGGUACUAUGGUAUCGCUACGAAAAAUACCAAUAAUUCGGUCCCUUGUUGCACCUCGGAUUUUAGCCGUAAAUAUAUCGUGGAAGUGAGCGGAGACCUUAAUUAAUUUGAAGAUUUAACAUUUUUUGCCAUAAUAACUAUAAGUAUCGUUAAAUAUCUUUAUUAACAUUUGACCUUAAUGACCGAACGGCAACAAGCGAAACAAUAAAAAUUAACAAUUCUAUGUAAUUGACUUAUUGUAAAUAAUAUAAUGUAUUAUGUAUACUAUAUAACGUAGUUAUUAAUAUGCCUUAUGAAUUAUGAUAUUAUUUUUAGUUACGGUUGUGUGAUGCUCGAAAGAUCUGAAUAUUAUACUUUUUUUUUUAAAUUAUGUUUAAAGGUAUCUUAAAUUAUUUUAAAUAUGCCUUAUUUUUCUUGGUUUAUAUCAGAUAAAUUAUUUUUCCUAAGUAUCGUCAUUUUAAUUAUGUUGGAUCUGAUUUAUUCUCCUUUUUAUUACAAUCAAUAUUUACUUUUAUGAUACAUAUUGUAUAAUCUGUCGAUACAGAUUACACAUAGAUUAUUUUAUUAAAAUAUUAAUUUUGGCCGUUUGUUUGGGUUUACUUUCGUUUUAAAGAUUUGGCAUUAUGUAAUAGGAUUAAAUAGCCCCAGCUAUACCCAAAUCCCAAGUAAUCCACAAAAUAUGAUAUAGCUGAGAAAUUCUGAAGAUAAAAAAGUGUAUUUUUGAGGAAUGGAGUAAAAUUAAAAAACAUAUGUCCAAAAUAACGUGUCCGAUCUAAUUUAUUUAUAUUUUAUAUUUUGGAUGACUGGUUACAAAAUGUUUUUUUUUUUUAAAUCAAAUAUAGCCAAAGGCUUCUAUUUUCUUAAUUUAUUUUCAGCAUCGGUAAAAGCUUAUUUUUAACAUAUUUGUAUAAUUUUGUUUGUGUCAUUUAUUUUUAAGUAGUUUUUAUUUUGGUGGGACCAUAAUAUUAAGUGCCUUAAGUAUUCUGAACGUUAAUUAAUUAUUAUUAAUGUGUAUAAUACGUCAACUUAUUUAUAAUAAAAAAAUAACAUUUAA